UGCUGGAACUCACCGCACGGGUAACGAGGAGAGGUUGGUUAAGGGACCGGUGAUUUUGACACUGCUGGAGUCGAUUUGGUUGCUGAAUUCGCGCCCAUUUCACUCUUGUGUGGUCCGAGACUGGGAAUUUCAGAAAGCGGGCUGGGAUCACGUAUUAACCUUGGGCCCACCCCUGGUACCCGGCAGCUGCUUCUAAGUAAAUUUCUGCUCAGCCAUGUCGCCGGCUCCAGCUGCAGCCCAGGCUCCUGUGUCGGUCUCCCUGUUUGACCUCAGCACGAAUGCUCCGGUUCUUCAGGGCCUGCGCCUGGUGAGCCACUUUCCCGAGGAGGCCUUGGCCCAGUCUCUGCAGACUUCCUGUCCAGGUUCAGAGGAGCGAAUAAGCCCAGAAGGAAGACCAUUCCAGGGUCCUCUGGAUACUUCAGAGAAGUUGUUUUGUUCAACCUGUGACCAGGUCUUCCAGAACCACCAGGAACAGAGGGAACAUUACAAGCUUGACUGGCAUCGGUUUAACCUAAAGCAGCGUCUCAAGGACAAGCCUCUCCUCUCUGCCCUGGACUUUGAAAAGCAGAGUUCCACAGGUGAUCUUUCCAGCAUCUCAGGAUCAGAAGACUCAGACUCAGACAGUGAGAAGGACCUGCAGAUACUGGAUGAGGAGAGGGCUGACUUUGAGAAGCCUACGCGACCCCGAGGCUUCCACCCGCAUCGGGUUCUUUUCCAAAAUGCCCAGGGCCAGUUUCUUUAUGCCUAUCGCUGUGUCCUAGGCCCUCGCCAGGUGCCCCUUGAAGAACCAGAACUGCUGCUUCAGAACCUGCAGAGUGGAGGUCCCAGGGACUGUGUGGUGCUCAUGGCUGCUGCUGGGCACUUUGCUGGUGCCAUUUUCCAAGGACGAGAAGUGUUGACACACAAAACCUUUCACCGCUACACAGUGCGGGCCAAGCGGGGCACAGCCCAGGGGCUUCAGGAUGCCCGGGGCGCAGCUGCUCACUCUGCUGGGGCCAGUCUGAGGCGCUACAAUGAAGCCGCACUCUAUAAGGAAGUUCGUGACCUGCUGGCAGGGCCAGACUGGGCUAAGGCACUGGAGGAGGCUGGGACAAUACUGCUGCAUGCCCCCCGCUCUGGCCGGUCCUUGUUCUUCGGGGGCCGUGAGGCUCCGCUGCGCCGGGGAGAUCCCCGACUUUGGGAUAUCCCCCUCGCUACCCGAAGACCCACCUUUCAGGAGCUACAGCGUGUACUUCAUAAGCUGACCACGUUAUACAUCCAUGGAGAAGACCCCCGGGAGACAAGCAGGUUGGAUUUACCUCAGACACACAGGAAGAGAGUGAGAGAAAGGAAGGUUAUCGAGGACGAAAGAAAGGUCCCCAGUGAUGAAAAUGAGGCACUUGGGCAGAACAAGGAAGCUCCCAAACAGGGUUUGCACACCAUCUGGCAAUUGUCAGGAUCAGAGUCAGAGGGAGAGGCUGGCUCCCAGGUAGAGUUGGAACUAGUAGAGGUGACACUGGGAACGCUGGAUCUUCGUGAGUUUGAGGUAUUUCCCAAGCAAAGGAGGAGAAAAAGGAAUAAGAGGGAGAGAAAGCAAGACCUGGAGUCUGGGGCACAAAUGACUCUUUCCCAGCAACCAAAGGAAGAUGAGGCCCUUUCAGGGUCAGCCCCCUUGCGGCCUCCCUGGGAUGAGGCCACGUCCCCCUGUCAGUCGGAGCUCUGGGAUGUGCUUCUAGCUGCUUGCCGAGCUGGAGAUGUGGGGAUGCUAAAGGACCGACUCACUGCCAGCCCCCUAGACCCUGGAGUUCUGCCUCUGCUCAGCGCCCCCUUGGGCUCUGGUGGCUUCACUCUUCUGCACGCAGCGGCUGCAGCUGGGAGAGGCUCAGUGGUUCGCCUGCUGCUGGAGGCAGGUGCGGACCCCACUGUGCAGGAUUCCCGAGCUCGGCCACCGUAUACAGUUGCAGCUGACAGAUUGACACGCAAUGAGUUCCGGAGGUUCAUGGAGAAGAAUCCAGAUGCUUGUGAUUACAGCAAAGCUCAGGUGCCGGGGCCGCUAACAGCAGAAAUGGAGGCACGGCAGGCCACUCGGAGAAGGGAGCAGAAGGCAGCCCGGCGGCACCGGGAGGAACAGCAGCGGAAGCGGCAGGAGCAGGAGAAGCAGGAGCAAGAAGAGCAGCAGCGAUUUGCUGCCCUCAGCGACCGUGAGAAGAGAGCUCUGGCUGCAGAGCGCAGACUAGCUGCCCAGUUGGGAGCCCCCAACCCUCAGACCCCCGACCCUGCCGUCACCGUCAGCAAUAUUCCACGCUGCUGGAGUUGUGGGAUGUCUCUCCAAGGCCUUGUUCCUUUUCACUACCUUGACUUCUCUUUCUGCUCCACACGCUGCCUCCGGGAUCAUCGCAGUCAGGCUGGGAAGCCCUCUUCCUGAUCCCUUACAGCUCCACCUGGGGCCAGUGCUAGGCCCUGAGAGGGCACACUCCCCCUGGCCCUAGGCUGCUUCUUCCCCCACGGAACCAGUGUUUGGAAGAUUAGGGUGAAGGACAUUCAGGAACCAGGGCAAAGACAGGGCCACAGAGGUUUGUGGAGCUGGUACUGUCUCUGGAACUUUAAUCACAAUAAAGUUUGGCAAGGAAACCGCA